AUGGCUGGCGAUUUGAUGGAAGUGGAUUCCAUCUCAGAAACGGAGCAUAAAGCCGAACAACAUACCACUGUGGAUGAGAUUAUAUUCUUAUUGCAGGAGAUUUCCAAGACCACAACUACUCUAGAUUCCAGGUACGUUUGGAAAUCUCUCAGAGAUUUGAGCAACCUUAGGACAAAACUUGACAAAGAUACGUUAUCUACACUUGUUAAUCUAGUGUUUCCAGAUGACUCUACUUUUAAAACUCCUUUACUGAAGUUUAUCAACAACAUGCAGAAGAGCACUGUUGAAAACGCUGAGGCAUAUCGUGAAAAGUAUCCAGCCACUUUCUAUCAGCUAACGUCUAAUGGAAAUUUUGAUGUUUCUGCUGAAUUAAGUAGUUUUAUCCAUCUGUUGGUCCAAUUGUUUUUACUGGAUUCGAAGCAAAUUGAGCAGCUCGAUGUUUUUAAUAGAUCUGUGGUCAUACCAAAUGUGUUAGACUUUUACAACAAUCGUACCUUAGAUCUAAUCAAUGCAAAGCUUUGGUUUUAUAUUGCUAGAGCUGACGAAUUGGUGGGAAAUAAGUUCGAUUCUAGAAUUAGAUCCGAAAUGAUCAAGUAUUUGAAGACUGCUACGUUGAAGCAUGAUAAUGAAACUAGAGCAAUGCUUAUUAUAUCGAUUCUAAGAGAUUUCUUAAGGAACGGCGAAGUUGAUACCGCGGCAGACUUCAUUAGCAAGGUCGAAUUUCCUCUCAGUAACGACGUCUCAAGUCCAUUGGAAGCACGCUAUUAUUUUUACUUAUCCAAAAUUAAUGCUAUCCAGUUGGAUUAUUCUACUGCAAACGAGUAUGUCAUAGCUGCUAUAAGAAAGGCACCUAGCUCUAAGAAUAGUUUAGGAUUUUUGCAACAGGCAAAUAAAUUACAUUGUGUCAUUCAGCUUCUAAUGGGAGACAUUCCAGAAUUGCCAUUUUUCAAUCAAAAAGGUAUGGAGAGAUCACUCUUACCUUAUUACAACCUCACAAAAGCCGUGAAAUUGGGAGAUCUUAACAAAUUCACAUCUGCUAUCACGAGUUCCAAACAAGAACUAGUUAAUGAUGGAAACUAUCAGCUCUGUGUCAGACUGAGGUCCAACGUCAUUAAAACGGGUAUUCGGAUAAUUUCCUUAACAUACAAGAAAAUUUCUUUGAAAGAUAUAUGUCUGAAGUUGAGACUGGAUUCCGAACAAACCGUUGAGUACAUGGUCUCAAGAGCAAUAAGAGAUGGCGUAAUUGAGGCCACCAUUAACCAUGAGGAGGGCUUUAUUGAAACUAGUGAGCUGCUAAAUGUUUAUGCCACGAACCAGCCACAACAGUUUUUCGAUGAAAGAAUUAAAUUUGUCAAUCAAUUGCAUGAUGAGUGCGUGACCGCCAUGCGCUAUCCUGAAGACAAUACUAAGAAGGACAAAAAGUCACCCAUGCUAGUGGAUCAGCUGGAAGAAACGAUAGAUUUGUCUGAUUUGGACGAAGACGAUCUAGGCGACUUUUAUUGA